AUGCGAGCAGAUGAGAAGCCGCUGCCAUGCCUCUAUGGCUGCGAUUUUGCUGCUGCUGUUCCUACCAGGAGGCGAAGUAUCGGCCAGAAACAUAGACAGCUUGAAAAAGUGGUAUUGAGCAGCAUUACAUACCGGCACAAAUUCUUCUAUAAGAUGAGGCAUGGUGGUGAUAUGAACAAAUGGAGGAACACCUGGAAUGGCUUGGCCAACGCCAACAAGAGCAAGUUUCACCGG